CCAUUUGCAAAUCAUGCACAAUAGUGCUUUCAGGGAGGGCUUUUAAAAUGCAGCGAUCAUAUCAGAUGUACUUAGAACUCUCACUGCUUUAAGCUAACAUUUUGUAGAUAAUUUUCCUCAGUGAUUUGGCGACCGAGGAGUUUUAUUGUUUGAUUCCAACAAUUCAACUGAAACAGAUAGCAACCAUGAAAAUCGGAAUUAAGGUUAUCAUCGCACUGACAGUGAUCGUCAGCUCCCUACACGUUCCACCAACAGCAGCAGAUUCAGCAUCGAAUGAAUCUGGACCAGACUCCUCAGAGAGAACCUAUCGCAAAUAUCGCCGGCCGUUCCCAUGGUACCCACAGCCAAAGCCAAGGCCACCAACUUGUCCCCCUCCUCCACUUCCAAAGUGUGACAUCUGCACUGAUGUUUCAUCUGGAUUUGCUGACACUCUGAAAUACUUAAAACAGAUUGACGAAAAGGUGGAGAAAAUGUCUUCUGAUUGCCCUGCAGGUAUAACGUUUGAAAGUGGACAACCAGUAACAAAUCCAGGUGCUGUUUCGUCUGUAGUUUGUCCAGAUAACACCACUGUACUCGACUGUAGAUGCAGUGUCGAUAAUAGAGUGUGCCUUGGAUCCAUCUUUGUCGAUAACGAGUGUUUAGCUAUCAGGAAUACACUGGCCCAAGCAGAGCUUCAAGCUUUAGCCACGUGCGUGCCAACAUGUUCUGGACCUUACAUUUACCAGACUACAUCCAACAAAGCGUCAGUAGCCACUUGCCCAGAUAACACCAAGAUUGUGGGUUGUUGGAUGCGCUAUAUCAAUCAAGUACCAGAAACAUCCACCCUUGCCACGCGGAUAAAUCCUAGCGCAGGAACAUGCCAGCCUGCCGUGGCAUGUAGCGCAGGCGAAUGUGGGGUACAAGCCAUUUGUAAAGCUUCUGUAACGCCAGGGCUAUAGACACCUCCGGCCCUUCCCGGAUCUCGGGUCGUGCAAACCCCUCGAGUUGGUUGGUUUGAGUAACCAUGGCGACACCUCGACGAACCGGGCUGAUAAGUGAAGUAGAUGAAGUCUUGAACUGUCCUAAACAUCCGUGACAUACCGUAGAAGAUCCAGUUAGUGGACUAAUCAUCCCUUAUCAAACGAAUUAAGUUAGAAAUUCAACACAGGCACAAAUAAAAUGCUUUUCUCUAGAAAGUAUCAAAUUUGUACGCUGACUCUUUCCUAUAUGACAAUGUACUAAACACAAUUUGAGUCCUUUGCUGUUGUGAGAUUGUAACUUUAAGGACAUGCAAUUUAUAACUUAAGUAUUACGAUACUUGAUAAAUAAAGGCCCAUGUCCCUUUGCAUGGUUUCAAUAUAUUUGUAUGUUGAAUGUGAUGACAACACAGCAUUUUGAGCAAUUAUAAACCAGUGACGUCUGAUAAAUUCCAAUUAACAUCGCAGCAUUUUUUUUUACCUGAUUCUGCUGAAAUUCCGGGAUUUGGAGACGUGAUGAUAUCACGUGCAACCCCUCUUUAUAACUAAUAUGUGUAUUUGGAAAAUAUAUUUUCAUAGAAAACAGAAA